GUGCAAGGAUUGUCCGGCCGGGAGGGAGGGGUGUGGGACGGGACAGCCCCGCGGACGGAGCGGCUGGGACUGGGACUGUUGACCCGCGGCCCCGGCCGGAGCCACAUACAAGGCAGAGGGGGCGACGGACGAUGGGCUCCCGGCUGACGAGGGGCGGCGGGGCAGCGAGCCCGCGGGAGGAGCGCCCCAGGUCGGCCUCGGUGCAGGGCGUGGACCGGUGGCCGGGGGUCCGCGGCCGUGACUCGGCCUUGGCCGCCCUGCUGCUCCGGCCCGAGCGGCUGCUGUCCCCGAAGAGGGUGCCGGCCCCGUACGUGCGGAGAGUGAGCUGGAUCCGGGAAAUCCAGGCGCUGCUCCGGGAACACCGAGCCGAGCAGGCGGUCGCGCUCCUCGGACUGCUUCGCAAGGACCUUGGUUUGGAGGGGACGUCUUUGAACGACAUGCUGUAUAAACACACAGCCUUCCUGAACCUGGUGGAUCCCAUUUCUCACGACCUGUUGAUGAGCCUGGCCCGGGACAUCCACUGCCCCAAGAAGGAACUGGAGUCACUGAAGUCUGCCGAGAAGCUUUGCCGACAGCUGAUCUACCACCUGACACCGCACUCCAAGUGGCAGCGACAGAGCAUGUCCAGGCGUUCCCAGGCAUGCUUAAAAUCUGCGCUGCAGAAGAAAAUUGCCGAUGACUCCUUGGAUCUGUCAGGAAUGCCGCUCCCGCCCAGGGAUGUGCAGCGCGUGGCCUACCACUUGCAGCUCCAGAGGGACCGCCUCACCUCCAUUGACCUGAGCUUCACCGAGAUGACGGAUGGCAACCUGCAGUUCCUGCUGCCCUUCCUGGCAGGCCUGCCCAGGCUCACCAACCUGGCUCUGAACGGAAACCGGCUGACCAAGCUCAUCCUCAAGGACAUGACGGAUAUGAUCAAGGAGCCCAACGUGUUCCCCGCGCUCUCCUGGGUGGAUCUGGGCAACAACACGGACAUCUGCUCCAUGCCCCAGCCGCUGCUGGUGGGGCUAAGGCGGCGCUGCAGUCUGCAGGGGGCCCUGCCCACCAUCCAGGAGCACACGGAGGGCCAGGUCGCCGAGCCCGAGGUGGAGCCGGGGGCCGCCCCACGCCGGGAGCAGGGGCCGGGGAUCAGCCAAUCACAGGAGGAGAAGCUAGGGGUCACUCAAUCCCAAGAGCAGGGGCCGGGGAUCACCCAAUCACAGGAGGAAGAGCCAGGAGGGGUCGCCCAACCUAGAGAGGAGCUGAGGAUCAGCCAAUCCCAAGGGAAGGAGCCGGGGGUCAGCCAAUCCCAAGAGGUGGGGCCGAGUGAGAUUACCCAAUCCCAAGAGGAGGAGCCGGGUUUCAGCCAAUCCCAAGGGGCAGUGCCGGGCGAGGGUACUCCGUCCCGAGAGGGAGAUGACAACCAUUGGCAGGUGCUACAGAGGGAAGCUGGAGCUCAGCAAUACUGUCAGCGGUGACUGGUGCACGUUGUGCUCAGACAAGGAUCUGAGAAACAUGCUCGGGAACGAGGACACUGAAGCUCUGGAUCACCCUGGCCAACCAAGCUGCCAUUGCCUGUCCAAGCCCCCCUAUUUCCCCUCCCCCCCCCCCCUCCCCCCCACAUUGUUGGAGUGAAGCUCGUCUCAGCAAUGGGUCUCCUACGAGCAGGGUUAGGUCACUGACACAAAGCAGAAGAAAUUCCCUUAAUUGCCAAUUCCAUUGGCUCUCUUUAAUAAAAAAGGAAGACAGAUAUUGACUUUGAUUAAAAGUCUUGCCAAGGUCUAAAAACAUCAGGGCCGUGAGCUGAGGGAGCAUCCACAGGAUAUGGGUAGGGCACAAAUUUAAACAAGAAUCUGCUUCCCUCUGCACCUUACCCAGACACUCCCUGUAUACGACUUUGGAAACUACAAGGAGGAGAUGCAAGGAUGAUCCAGUGGGCUGGGCACUGUAGACCUGUUGUGUGGAUGGAGGGGAUGCACCCUUCCUCAUGGUGGAACCAUUGUGGCCAGCGGCCGUGAACAUCUCCUGCAUGUGUGUGCGUGCGUGUGUGUAAUAACAGCUGUGUUCACCCAGAUGUGUUCUCUGCUCCCACUCUGUCGUGCAACCGUGAUCUCUUCUUGCCCAAUGGGGAAGUGUCUAAUAUCCGUAGCAGUGAUUCCUGCCUCCUGCACUCCUGCCUCCUGCCUCCAGCACUCCGAGCUCAUCAGCCAGGCGUUACCAGCACCAUCCAAAAUCCAAUUUCCGUCUCCUUCACCUAGCAGAGCUGCGCCUUACCCUCAACUCCUUCGACUCCUCCCACUUCCUCCAGAACCAAGGCGUAGCUAUGGGCACUCGCAUGGGCCCUAGCUAUGCCUGCCUCUUUGUAGGGUACGCUGAACAAUCCCUGUUCCAAGCGUACACUGGCCCUAUCCCUGAACUCUACCUCUGCUACACUGACGACUGCAUUAAUGCUACCUGCACCCAUGCAGAACUCACUGACUUCAUCAAUUUCACCACUAAUUUCCAUCCUGCACUAAAAUUCACUUGGACCAUCUCUGACAUCUUCCUACCAUUUCUAGAUCUCACCGUCUUACUACAAACCUACUGACUCCCACUGACUUGGCUAUAGUUCUUCCCACCCUACUUCCUGUAAAGACUCUAUCCCCUACUCCCAAUUCCUCUGUCUACGCCGCAUCUGGGCCCAGUAUGAGGUGUUCCAUACAAGGGCAUCUGAGAUGUCCUCAUUCUUUCGGAAACGAGGGUUCCCCUCUUCCAUUAUAGAUGAGGCUCUCACUAGAGUCUCCUCGAUAUCCCGCAGCUCCGCUCUUGCUCCCCCCUCACCCCAGUCACAACAGGGACAGUUCCACUUGUCCUCACCUUCCACCCCAUCAGCCAUCGCAUACAGCAUGUAAUCUUCCAACAUUUUCACCACCUCCAACGGGAUCCCACUACUGGCCACAUCUUCCCACCUCCACCCCCUUUCUGCAUUCCACAGGGACCGUUUCUUCUGAAUCUCCCUGAUCAAAUCGUCCCUUCCCACCCAAACCACCUUCUCCCCAGGUACUUUACCCUGCAAACACAGGAGAUGCAACACCUGUUCCUUUACCUCCACCAUCCAAGGACCCAAACACUCUUUCCAGGUGAGGCAGAGGUUCACUUGCACCUCCUCCAACCUCAUCUACUGUAUCCGCUGUUCCAGGUGUCAACUUCUCUACAUCGGCGAGACCAAACACAAGUGAAAGAUCGUUUCACUGAACACCUCCACUCAGUCUGUCUUAACCUACCUAAUCUCCUGAUGGCUCAGCACUUCAACUCCUCCUCCCAUUUCCAAUCUGACCUUUCUGUCCUGGACCUCCUCCAUUGUCAGAAUGACGCCCAGCGCAAAUUGGAGGAACAGCACUUCAUAUUUUGCUUGGGUAGUUUACACCACAGCAGUAUGAACAUUGACUUCUCUAACUUCAGAUAGCCCUUGCUUUCUCUCUCCAUCCCCUUCCCCUUCCCUGUUCUCCCACUUUUCUUACUGUCUCUGACUACAUUCUAUCUUUGUACUGCCCCCUCCCCUGACAUCAGCCUGAAGAAGGGUCUCGACCUGAAACGUCGCCCAUUCCUUCUCUCCAGGGAUGCUGCCUCACCCUCUGAGUUACUCCAGCAUUUUGUGUCUAUCUUCAAUUUAAACCAGCACCUGCAGUUCUUUCUUACACACCAGCAUCUUUAGCUUGUGGUUUCCGUUUACUUGUACCCACGACAGUGAGAGAUGGGGAUAUGUAGUGGUCAGCUCAGUUCUGGGCUUCAACAGGUAUACACACUCCAUGCAGGCACACCUCACUCGUGCCCAUGGCCAGACCAGUCCCCAAUUGUAUGCUUUGUCCACGUUUAUUUAUUUAUUUAAACCUGUGUUUUAAACGUCGUGCACAAUUCUCCUAAGUUAAAAAUUUAGGUUUGAAUGUUCAGAGGCCACCUUUGUCACACAGAGUACCUAAUGAUGUGGAAAAUAUUUUGAUGUGUCGGGUUUUGGGUUCGGCAGGUUGGAAAUAGCGAGGCUGAUAAACCCUUCCUGGGGGAAUCUGUGCAGGUGUAACCCCAACAUUGCAUCAUCCCACAUCAACCCAGCCAAACUCUUGGGUUAAUAUAUCAUUGAGGGACAGAUCCUCUGACUGUGUGGCAGUCUCUCAGUGCAACUCUGGGAGGUCAGCCUGGCGUCUGCUUUGUUUCCAGUGUCGAACGUUUGCACUGCCAUGUCUAGAUUACUUUAGAGUAACUGAUAAUUUAUUGCAUAUUUAUUGUUGUGACGUUGCGGUUAAUGUGUCUGUGAAGCUGCAGCUGUACGAAUUUAAUUGUUCUGGUUUCUAUCUGAUACAUAUGACAAAUAAACUCUUGAUUAAUUCA